ACUCGGGGGGGGGGUGGUGGGCGAGAGUAGCUCCGUCCCGGCGGAGGAGGCUGCAGGUGUUUUGAGUCGACAACCAGCGCUGGGGUAACAGGAGGAGUCGUUACAAAUACCACUGAAUGUCGGCUGCUUACAGGCACUAAGUGAAAAUGAACAAAGGGAGACAAAUCGAAGAUGAUGAUGAUGAUGACAGUGAUGAGUUCGAAGCCUUUAUGGAGAAUUUUAACCAGCUCGAGCUGCUGGAGACACACAGGCAUUUGAUUCCUGUAGGAACUCAGAGCUGUUGGUCAGGACAGUCGGAUGAUGAUGACGAUGAGCAAGAAAGAAGUGAGGAAUGGUAUGAAAUGCAGGAAAAAAAGAUGGAAAAACAUCCAGAGAAGUUGCUACUCUGGGCAGCUGAAAACAAUCGGCUGAGCACAGUGAAGAGGCUCCUUACGGAAAAGCUGGCUCCAGUCAACACUCGUGAUGAAGACCAGUACACUCCUCUCCAUCGUGCUGCCUACAGCGGGCACCUGGACAUGGCACAUGAGCUGGUGGCCCAAGGGGCAGACGUUCAUGCGCAGACGGUGGACGGCUGGACACCCCUGCACAGUGCCUGUAAGUGGAACAACACCAGUGUGGCCGCGUUCUUACUUCAGCAGGGUGCGGACAUCAACGCCCAGACAAAUGGCUUGCUGACACCAUUGCACAUUGCUGCAGGAAACAAGAACAGCAAGGAAACCCUUCAACUCCUGCUGAUGAAUCGCUAUGUGAAGCCAGACCUGAAGAACAACUUGGAUGAAACAGCUCUUGACAUUGCCAGGAGGACUGAUAUAUAUCACUACCUUUUUGAAAUAGUAGAAGACUGCAUAAAUGCUGUGUGCCCUUAAAGGUUGCGGUGACGCUUGUGAAAAUGGGAUGUUUGCUGCCUUCUGUUUGUGUCCUGCAUGCUCAUCCCUGGUGGUGUGUCCCUUUGCAACAAGAUUUUCAUUUAGCAUACUUUAGUAUUCUCAGGCAAAAUGUCACUUCUUGCAGCUCUGCUCAGUGGUCUCGCUCAUACUUGGGAGCAUUCCUACUAUCACUCAAGGAAUUGAGGAAGUCUUGGUAAUUCCAGUGAGUUUCCAUUUAAUUAGUGCAUACUGGAGGGGCCUUUAUAAUUGGUCUGUACUAUUAAAGCAGGAGAGGAAACUGGAAUGUUUACUUAGAUGUGAAAUAAUUCUGGGUUGGUAAUGUAGAGUUUGGGACAACUCAACUUGAAAAUUAUUUUUUUGAGAAAUCUAACUUUUUUAGACCUGCAUGAAAGCUCAGAAUGAAUGUAACUUAUUUGGGUGAUACACAAAACGUUCGGUGAUCCUGGUGUAAGGCUUCUUAUAAAAUAAAAUAUUUAAACCUAAGGA